UGGCGCGUCUCCCCGAGCGACCGAGGCGCGCCCAGCGCCAGCAAGGGCCGCAAGAAGGCGCCCGCCACGUCGUGCUGCAGCUUGUCGGGCGCCGAGACCCCGCGCAGGAUGGCGCGGCGACGCAGCAGCCCCGGCCGCUUCUCCCCGCCGCGGCCCUUCCCGGACGCCUACAGCUCGGAGCCCGAGGUGGCGGGCGGCGAGGGCGGCCUGCGGCGACACCUCCUGGCGCAAGCGUACCGCGACGAGGGAGGCCUGCUGCUGCCCCCGCCGCGCAAGGGCAAGGGCUGCUCGACGGCGCCGCGCGGCAAGCGGCCCGCCGCGUCUGCCUCUUGCGCGUCCCCUCUGCGCCUGUCCGCUUGGCAGCAGCAACACCUGGCGCCGGCGGGCGAAGGCUGCGCCACGCCGUGCACCACCUCGUGCACCACGCUCUACGGCGGGGACUUCCCGGGGCACCCCGAUCUCCCCGCGCGCUCCCCGGUGGGCAGGUGCACCCGCGUGGAGGAGCUGCUCCGCGACGACCAGUGGGCCAGCCCGGUGCCUCGACCCUUGGAGUAUGGCACGGAUCUCCCCACCGACGCCAGCAAGCCUCCCUCCAUCUGCCCCUCUUCCUUCUCCUUCGCCCAGUUCGACAGCAAGGCCUCCCCUCGCCUGGAGAAGGAGCCCCCCCGGAGAGACUGGCAGGAGCCCUGUGACAGCAGCCACAGCCUGGCAGACCUCAUGCACAGUUUGGCCAGGCCCUAUGAGGACGAGGAGCCUCAGGCCUACCUGCCCCGCGACCCCAGCGCCCACCUGCACCAGCGUCUCCUGGGCCGCAAGCCCCGCCGCAAGCCCCGCAAGGGAGACCCGCAGGUCAGCCUGCAGGACCUGACGGACAAAAGGUACGAGGACCUGAUCCCCGCAAGGGACAAGAAGAUCGCGGCCCUCAUGCUCGCCAGGCACCAGGAGGAGGAAGAGAUGAAGGACCGCCAGCUGCAGGUUUCCGACGCCUGGGAUAAGAUGAGGAGGAAGGAGAAGCAGCACAAAGCCCGGGCGGAGAAGGAGAGGCAGUACCAGUUGGUCGACAGCCUGGACCAGUGGCAGAGGGACCGCGAUCAACGGAAAGCCAAGCUCAGGCUAGAGGAGCAGCAGCUGUUGGCAGCCCGGGAGAGGGAUGUGAUGCUUCGCGACAAGAAGUGGAAGAAGCUGGCCAAAGAGCAGGAUUGCAGGCGGAGGGAGAAGCUGGAGAAUGCUCGGCUUCAGGCCGAGUAUCGGAAACGGUGCCAGGAAAAGCAGCUCUGGGACAAAAGGUUAAGCGACAGGCGUACCAAAGAGCAGAACUCCGCUUUGUACAAGGAAAGGAUGCUGCAGGCCCUGGAGAAGAGGCUGAUCAAGGAUAUGGAAAGGAAGAGGAGGAAAAUAGAUAUGAAUGACUACAAGCAGACCAAGCACAUGAGCGCUAAGGACCAGGUGGAAGAUCGGGUCAAAGCCGACGAGCUGUACAAGAGGCUGUGUAUCGAACAAAAGCUUCAGAGGUCCCAGGAAAUCCUGGAGCAGCUGCUUGAAGAAAGGAACAGGGAACUGAAGGAGAAGACUUUAAAGGAAGAAGAGCAGGGCUUGAUAGCCAAGGUAAGAGCCAAAGAGACGGAGGAAGAGAAGAGGAGGCGCAAGGAGAUGUUGUUGCAGAUAGCCGAGAUGAAGAUCCAGCAGGCCAGAGAAAUCAUGUCCAAAAAUAUCCGAGACAGAUCGCAGCGCGUGAGAGAGCUGAACUGUAUGAAAGAACGGAACCACCAUUUUCGCAAACAGAAGCUUGAUUAUGACGAAAAAUGUCACCUACAGGAAAUGCAAGAAGCUUUAAGAAGGAAAGCUCAGAAAAGCAAUCAGAUUCUAAGGCACAAGGACGCAGCUAUCGACGAGUCUAGGAGAAUAGCCAAAGCAUCUUAUGACCUUAGAGAAAAAGUGAGAGACCUGAUAAAUCGCAAUUCAUUCGACCAGAUGGCUUUAGAUGCGCAACGUAAUGCAAGCCUCCUUAGAGGCCUGUAAUGAAGUUUAAGGAAACAUUCCAGACUGUGUUGUGUCAAAAAAAGAUGGUUGUAAUGCGUUCGCUCUGCAUUGCUGUACACUAAAGUGAUUUGAGCCUUAAUUACUGUUUGACUCAUAAGUGUUUGGUUUACAAACAUUUACUGUUUAUACUAAAAAUCUAUCACUUGCAUUUGUGAUUUGAUCGUGAAGAGAAAGAAUUGAACUUUGGCCCUGUGCUACUCUUUAUGGGAUGUGGCCUUGGCUUAAUGCUAGGCACUUUGAACUGAGUAUUUUUGUAACAAAUUAUGAUUUUGUAAAAUUCUAUUUUACAAUGAAUAUCUGAAGUGUUCACAAAUUAUGGAGUUUACACAGUUUGUGAAUGGUUCAUGACACAUACUUCAUUUCAAAGUAUGUAGCAGUUCAUCAUACAUCAAGAAUAGAAUCAUAUUUAAAGAUAUUCCAAUAAUUUAUUAUCUAAAGAAAUACUAUUUUUAUAGCUAAAUAACCUAAGCAGUUGCCUGCAAUCUGCAUAGUCAACCAUUUACACUAGUCCAAUUUAUUUCGGCUGAGGACAUGUCCUUAUCACUGUGCACGCACAAUCACCGUAGUUUGGCAAACAUAAUGAAUAUAUUGUUUUAGCAUAUGGCUAUGAUGGCUCUGUCAGGUUUGUAAUGUAGUGAAUUAGAAACUUUUAUGAAGGAAACUGCAGGAAGAAACCAUGUAUAAUUUAUAAAGUAUUCUUAAAAUAAAGUUUGAUCAGUAUAUUUCCAUA